AAAUGUAAAAUAAUUUUAUUUGUAAUCGCGUCGUAUUUGUUUCUACUCUCGGCCACUUUCGGCAUUCAUUCUUAAAUACUAUUUCUUUAGUAGACUUUCUAAAAAUAGGGAGUUGUGCCUUUUGUAAAACAAGCAACAAAUGUGCUAAUAUUUUUACAAUGCCUUUUAUUUAUUCGAUACUAACACUUUAUAGGUUAUAGAAUAAUUUGCAUACCUACAAGAAAAUAUAGAUUAUUGUUAAAAAUCUAUAAAUUUUGUCAAAACAGUGUUUAUAAGUUGUCUGCUGUGUGGGAGUCUUGUAUAAGAAUUAACGAUGGGUCUCAUUAUAUCAAGAUUUCGCCGCAAGAAAACGACAAAAGACAUCCUAGAAGAGCUAGAAACGAAAAUCAAAAGAAUAGAAAAAGAUGGCGAAUACAAAGAGCAAACACAUAAACGAGUUAUUGGGCUGAUAAUGGUUAAUUCAGUUGGACUGUAUGUGCUGUUUGCGUUGCUCUACUACUUCAUAUAUGUUGGCAAGAGUCAGUACUGGGUACAUUCGCUGAUGUAUGCCUCUCCGUUACUACUGCUUCCAGUUUUGGUGAUAUUCCUUCGCGCAGCAAUAUCAGCGUACUACAACUGGAGUCUGAAUAAGAAUAGAGUGAAGUUGUCCAAGAUGAGAGAAGAGAAAAAGAAGAUUUUAGAGGAAGUCAUGGAUACCGAGACUUAUAAGGUCGCGAAAGAGAUCCUAGAUAAGUAUGGUACACCUGAUGAACACUCAAAGGCUUUGAAACCAUUCACACCGGCCAUAAAUGCACCCAGUCUUCCUACGACCCCUAUACAACAGAAGCAAAGGCAGUUAGCGAUGCUGACGUCGACGCCAAGGAACAUGCACAUGGUAGCAGCCACGCCGGGUGCCAUUCUUAACGGACCUCGGCUAAGGUCGGAUCAGCUGCCACGCCCAUUACCGGAUAGUAAUAAGUCGGCGUUGGACAAAGUUGUGGACUAUUUACUCAAAGACGGACCGAAUUAUAGGAUGGCACUCAUUUGCACUGAGUGCUUAUCUCAUAAUGGUAUGGCAAUGAUCGAGGAGUUUGACUACGUGUCAUACAAAUGCGCGUACUGUGGUCGGCUUAAUCCAGCAAGGAAGCAGCGCCCAUCCGCGCCCGCCCUGUGUUCGCCGCCCGCCCUUACUUUUAAUAAUGGUACACUCGGUGGUGGUGAUGACUCUUCCCUUGCAUCUUCUGGUACUGAGAGUGAAGAGGAACGAGAAACUGAUAAACGCACUGAUGAAGAAACAGAUCAUCCACCCUCACCGGUUGAGGGGGAGCCGAAAUCUGAAGAAGAGAAGAAACAAGACUGAUUGUUCAUCGCCAAUGAUAAAACGAUUCGAUAUUUAGCAUUUCGCUUAAUUUCGCGAAAUAUUUGAAAAUAUUCUAGAACAUCGACAUGUAAAUAUUUUUUUUGAAAAAUUGAAGAUUUUCUUUUAAAGUAUCUUAAAGAAAAUCAAUAUAUGCAUAAUGAUUCGAGAGAAUUUUAAAUUUGUACAAUUGCAAUAUUAAUCAUAAUUGUGUCUUAUUUUGCUGGUAACAAGCUUGAGAGCUGUUUUGGCACGUCGGAAUUUCAAUUCAAAGACAAUAUUAAUUAAUCUAAAAUUUACAAAUUGUCGUAAAAAAUAUAAGCUAAAUGCUUUAAUUAAAUCAAUUUUUCAUAGAACAUUCGAAAUUAAAUUGCGGGUUUAUUUUGCGUAGAGUCAAAUUAUUUUACUUUAAAAAUUUGAAGAGUUCAUAUUCGUGUCUUUAAACUAAUUGUUCUGUGAAAAAAUGAUAUGGGGUUUGAAUUAUUUGUUUGUUAUUGGGGUAAAUAGUCUAAUUGGUCGAAUUAUUUAAUUUAUUCAUUGUUUUACGAAGUGGUAAACAUGUGCCUUUCUAUUUAAGAGGUAAAAUUUUGGUUCUUACACGAAAAGAGAUAUUCAAUAUAGCUGUCUCUUUCACAUAGUAUUCUGUAGUAAGAGACAGUAAAUUUAUCAAAGAAAAGAUUGUUUCUGGUAGAUGCGAUCAGCUUUCGCAAUAAAUGACGUCACGUGAUAAACAUUAAUCAUUUAUCUACCUAAAGUAAUGGUAAAGAAUUUUUUUGUAGGUUCAUUUGGAACAUUAUUUAAAACAUCACAAAAAUGCGCAUUUAAAUUGCAUACAUAAUAAUUUUUUUCGUGUACUUAUGUGUGUUUUUGUCAAUUGUUAAAUAAUUAAAAUUUAUAAACUUAUGCUAAAUAUUUUACCCCUUAAAUAUGCUAAACGGGUUUUUAAAAACUCGGAGAUAUACUACACAUAAUCUUUAUUGGUGUAUUUUUCAAAAUCGCUAGAAUGGGUGUAGAUUUUUUAUCGCAGGAUAUUAGAAUGAAGAUAACAUACUUUACAAUGCAUCGUUUAAUAAUACUUAAAGAAAAGCAUUACAAAUCAUGAAAAUAAUGAUGGUCCACGGAUCCCUUUUAUAGAAUAUUAUCCAUAUUUCAUCUGGGGCUUGAGGCGUGAACCACUGAACCACUACCAAAGGAAUUUGUAUGAGAAUGACACUCACGCUUAGUCACGUAACCAUUACCAUUCAAAUUUAAUACAUUAUAUAUAUAAUAAAUUCCAUUCAAAGUCUCAAGUCCCUGCAAUUAGGUGUCUUAAACCAGACGUAGGUCUGAGGGAAGUGAGUUUAUUUACAGAUUGAUAUUAGGGAGCGUUCAAGUAUUACGUCACGCAAUUUUUAGAAAUUAUUGACUCCCCCCCCCAUGUAACGCGCCGUAACGUUUUUUCUUUAUCCAAUAGUAAAACGUUUCGUGACCACCUAGUGACUCUUUAUACCUAAAAGUUACCAUUAUGUGGUGUAAAGUAAUGGAAAGUCGAAAAUAAUAUUAACAGUAACGCGUAUGUCAAACCCCGCCCUGCAUCGUAACGUUUUUCAAAAGGACCCCGCCCCGAAAUUCGCUCAAAC